CUCCCUGCAACCAAUGAUCGUCGGAGGUUGCCACUGUAGCAACCAUGUUUUCUCUCCAACAAAAAAAAAUUCAAUCUCCGCAAUUACUCCAAAACUCGAUACUCCGACUCCUUGCUGGAUCUACUUCCCGAAAAAGAAAAGAAGCUUUGUGAGGGAUCCAGACUCCACCGAGAAAUUUCAAGCACAACGGUUCGCUGCCAUCACCGAAAUAUCCACAUCUGAACCUCCUGGGACCCCCCCAUCCCUUUGUACCAUCCCCGACUCUUCCCGACCCCCAAAUCAUGUCUCUGCUUUUACUGAGUGGCCUUGUCCUCGACACGCGGUCAAGGCUCCGGCAAGUUCCUUUCUUACCUCUAUCGGAAUGUCCUGGAUGAUGUGCGCCCAAAUGACCCAGGGGAAGGCUAGCCUUUUCGCCCGUGUACAUAAAAUCACACGGAGCUCGCCCCAUCUCCAACACUCUUCUUUCUAUCAUUCUCCUCCUACCUCGACGACUAAGCUACUUCGCUCUUCGUCUGACACAAUGGCUCGAUUUUCUCCUCAACAAAGCCGUCCGGUCCAUGCGACCCCAUUCAUGAACCACUCGACUGCCCCUUCAGAUGCCAACUAUGACACUGCCAACCCUUCCUACAUUCGCAAGUACCUGCGCACAUAUGGCCUCACACCUCCUCGCUCCGAGAGCUACGAAACCCAGAAGACUCGCUGCCUCGCCCAGUUGGGACUGAAGAACACCCCCAUUGACAAGUUCCUCUACUUGCAAAAUCUGCGCAAGAACAAUGUUCACCUGUUCUACCGCAUGGUCACCGACCACCUUCGGGAGCUUACUCCCCUCAUUUACACCCCUGUCGUUGGCGAGGCCUGCCAAAGGUGGUCCGAGAUCUACCAGGGACCGGAAGGUAUGUACCUGAGUUGGGAGGAUCGCGGUAACCUCGCUUCUGUGAUCGCCAAUUGGCCCCAGCCGAAUGUGGAGAUCACAUGUAUCACCGAUGGUUCUCGUAUUCUCGGACUCGGUGAUCUGGGCAUCAACGGUAUGGGUAUCCCCAUUGGCAAGCUGGCUCUGUACACUGCCUGUGCGGGUAUUCGUCCCGAGGCCACCCUCCCCUUGACCCUCGAUCUUGGCACCGGUAACAAGACCCUCCGGGAAGACCCGCUGUACAUGGGUAGCCGUCGUGGUAAGAUCAGCGCUGAGGAGGAGCGGGAGUUCUUGGACGAGUUGAUGGCGGCUCUCACCGAGCGCUGGCCUGGUAUUGUUAUCCAAUUCGAGGACUUCAAGAACCCCUUCCCCGCACUUGAGCGUUACCGGGAUACCUACACCUGCUUCAACGAUGACAUCCAGGGUACUGGUGCCGUCAUUCUUGGCGGUGUUAUCAACGCUGUCAAGCGCUCCGGUCUGCCUUGCAAGGACCAGCGCGCCGUCUUCUUCGGUGCUGGCUCCGCCGGUGUCGGUGUUGCCAAGCAGAUUGUCGACUUCUUCGUCCGUGAGGGCAUGACCGAGGAUGAGGCCCGCGCUUGCUUCUACCUCGUUGACACCAAGGGUCUGGUCACUGCUGACCGUGGUGACAAGCUCGCUGACCACAAGGUCUACUUCGCCCGUGAGGACAACAAUGGCGCUCAGUUCAAGACCCUCGAGGAGGUCAUUGACCACGUCCAGCCCACCAUCCUGAUGGGUCUCUCCACCAUGGGCGGUGUCUUCACCCCCGAGAUUCUCCGCAAGAUGGCUGACUGGAACACUGCCCCCAUCAUCUUCCCCCUGUCCAAUCCCUCCUCGAAGUCCGAGUGUGACUUCGAGACCGCCGUUGUCAACACCGACGGCCGCUGCCUCUUCGCCUCCGGCUCGCCCUUCCCCAACUCCACCUUCACUAACGCCGCUGGUGAGACUCGCACCUACUACCCUGGCCAGGGUAACAACAUGUACGUCUUCCCCGGUAUCGGUCUCGGCAGCAUUCUGUCCAAGGCCGUCCGUGUCACCGACGGCAUGAUCUACGCCUCCGGCGAGGCCCUCUCCAAGGCCCUCACCGCCGAGGAGCUCGAGCGUGGUCUUCUCUACCCUGACAUCACCCGCAUUCGCGAGGUCAGCGUGGUUGUCACCCGCAACGUCAUCCGUGCCGCCCAGGCCGACGACGUCGACCGUGAGACUGGUCUCCGCAAGAUGUCUGACUCCGACCUGGACCUGUGGAUCAAGUCCCGCAUGUACGACCCCCACACCGAGGUCCGCUCCCUCGAGCGUGAGGUUGGCCACCUGCUUUCCAGCCUUGGCUCCCUCUCGCCUCUGAUGAACGGUUCCCCCACCGAGGAGAAGCCCGCCAAGCUGUAAGAUUCUCACCACCUUACCACACGACCACUUCUUCCCCGAUGACUGUUAUCAUGACGCCAUGUUCGAUUAACUAUCCCAUCAUGCAUGCCCGCCCAAAACAAAAAUAAGCAAUCUGUUCUAAUCGCAAGACUUGCUUAGGACCACUGCAUGAUGUGCUUUGACAUGCUUCAUUCUCAUCAUUUAUAUUUCGUCAUUUUCUGGUUUUGAGCGCGUUUCUCUUUUUUUCAGCUUUAUCAUUUUUUAAGGGAUGGAUACACGGACACUUGGUUUUCUUCUCAUUUGGAAUACCCUUUUUACUUAGUUUUUGGCUCUCGCAUACGAGUGUCCUGUGCAUUGGGUUUAGGAUCGAAAUCAUCUUGGAUGAUCAAAAAUUGAAC